AUGGGGCUGCAGCCCCGGCGCGCCGCGGGGCCCUGCCCGCCCGCGGGGAGAAGCGCCGCCCUGCCCGGAGCGCGCUCCGCUCCCCCCUGGGCCCGCAGCGACGAGCCGGAGGGAACUCCCGGGCGCCCCGCCACGCUGCCGCCCCUCCUGCCGGCCAUCCUGCCGACCCCCUCCGCUUCCCCCGCUGCCGCCCGGGCGCAGCCCAAGAAGCCGCCGGCCACCGCCUCGGCCCCCAAGAAGGCAGCGCCUCGGCCCGCAGAGGAGAAGGCGGCGAGGAAGGCGCGGGGGGCGCCCCCGGAGCGGCCGGGGCCCCUCUCCAGCUCCUGGCCCUGCUCGUCCCUGCAGCGGCCGCCGCCGCGGAGACCGCCGGCCGAGAGGGCGGCGCGGCCCCAGCCCGCCCCGCCGCAGCCGCGGGGCCGCCCGGCGGCGCCGGGGGCGGGCAGCCGCUCCUGCGAGAGCCUCGGCGGGGCGCCGGGGGAGGCGGCGGGGCGCUUCUCGCUGAGCCUGCCCCCGGAGGCCAUCCGGGUGCUGCAGCGCCGCAGCCUGGAGCGGCAGCGGGGGCAGCCCGCGCCCUCCCCCGCCGGCAGAGCCGCCCCGGCCCGGCGCGGCGACCUGCGCGCUCUGCUGAAGGUUUCGCUGCUCAACGACCGGCACCGCUACGACGACGAGGAGUACGAGGAGGAGGAGGCGGGGGCCGCGGCGGACGAGGGGCUGGUGCGGAAAUGCACCGAGUGGCUGCGCGGCGUGGAGAGCGCGGCCGGCCGCGACCACCCCGACCGGCUGGAGACGCUGCCGCACUUGGGCACCCUCUGAGCCCCGCCGGGACCGGGGGGAGGUGGGGCCGCCGUCCGCGAUGUCGUGCUCCUUGUGGUGUUGUCGGCGCCCUGGCAGCCCGGGCGGGUGGCGGCGGGGGCCGGGCAGCGGAGCCCCUGGCCCGGAGCCGAUCCUCGGGGCGAGGGACAAAGGAGCGGCGCCGGCCUCCGCCCGCCGGUGCCCGGGUGCUGGGAGGGAGGGCGCCGGCUGUGGGCGUCCUGCCUCCACCCUCGCGGUUUUUUUAAAGAUUUCUGGCUACUUUAUAAAAUGUGCGUAAUGGUUUUGUAUAUUUGUACAUAAAAGUUCAUUUUUAUUUAUUUGAAUAAAAGACUCUUGUGUUGCGGUA